AUGGGGCUGGAUAUUGCCGCUCUGGGCCGCGUGCCGCUGCGCUUCGUCCUGCAGGCAGGGCGCGUGGCACGCCUGUGUCCUGGCCACCCCGAGCCGCGCUGGACGCUGAACGUGAAGCGUGCUGUGCUGAGCCUCCUGCAGGGUCGCCCGGGCACCCGCAGCCCCCAGACCGUCGAGGAGGAGGAUAUCCUGGGCAGGUGUCCCACCAUGUAUCAGCAACGCGGAACCAGGCUGCACAAGACCAAGGACCUGGCGCGAUGCUCCCUGCGCAGGGUGCGCGCCUCCCUGCGCUCCCAGGCCCUGCCCGCAGCGGAGGAGGCCUUCCGCCUGACCUGUGUCCAGAGUUUCCAGGCCGGAGUGCUGGGGGAAGCAUCCUGCAUGGAGCUGGACACCGUGGGGCCCCUCUCCGGGGAGGCGAGUGCUGUGCAGAUGCGGACCCUUUCCUCGCUCACCCUGCUGUAUGAGAUGCCCCAGGACCCGGCUGUCGCAGGUGAAUGA